CACCGCGGCCCGGCGUCUGCGUGCGCCGCGCUCGGCGCGGGGGCCGCUGGGAGCGCGAGGAUGGUGGCCGGCGCCUUCCCGAUUGCCAAGCUGCUCUACCUGGGCGUCCGGCAGCUCUCCAAGCCCCUGGCCGCGCGCAUCAAGGACGGGGCCCGCGCCAGCCCCUUCUUCCGCCAGUACAUCUGCGGGCCCCCCGCGCAACUGUACCACUGGGUGGAGAUGCGAGCCAAGAUGCGCAUCAUGGGCUUCCGUGGCGCCGCCAUCAAGCCGCUGAACGAGGAGGCGGCCGCCGAACUGGGGGCGGAACUGCUGGGCGAAGCCAUCGUCUUUGGGGUGGGGGGGCUGUGCAUCUUCCUGGAGUACUCCCGCCAAACCACCAACAGCAAGAAAAAGGAGGACGAGCUGAGCAGCACCCUCGAGAGCCUGCAGGAGCAGGUGGCCGAGCUGAACUUGACCGUGGAGACACUGGACGCCCGGCUGCGGGAGCUCAACCGGGUCCUCGUCGAGGUCUCUGCCUCCCCCAAGAAAUAACUGGGAUGGCAGGCAGAGAGAGAGAGAGAGGCGGCUUCCUAAAACUGUGCCCGACUGCCGGCUGCGACGCGAGGUUCCCCCUUGCUGGACGGCGAAGGGCGCCGCGGGGAUCCUGGCCUACGCAGGAUUCGGGGUGCGAAAGUCCCGCGUCCCAACCUACCCUGUGGUGCUGAGUUUCUCGGCCUUUUCCAAGUGUGUAAAUACUGAAUCCAUUAAAAAAAAAAAACAAAUCGCAGAGAAAAAA